GCUCUGUCCAUCCAUAGCACGCCUUGACGUCAUCUCGUUUAUAAAAUGGGUGGUGGUGCAACGUCGAGACAAUUACUCCUACUACAACGAAGACUACACAACUGAGAAACAUGGAGAAACUAUGUGAGCACAUCUGACGAAGACGAUCGAAAAAUAGCGCAAACCUGCCUGAAAAUGAAGCGACAACACAGCGACGCAUAUCUGUCACCGACAAAUACCUGGAAUCUAUUGGGUUUUGUUGAGGAAUACCAGAAUACGUGAGAUUUUUCCGUAAAACACGCUUUAAUCCGAGAAGAAAGAAGUUAAAAAUGGCUACGAGUGUUGUUUCCGAGAAGGGCUCAGAGCGGACGGCGAUGGAGAGUUUCGGUAGCGGAGGGAUGGCGCUUUUGCCUUGGACUAAACAAAUGCUCACCGUGCUGUGGGAACAGCUUCGGCUGCUGGUUCAGGUCAUUUACUACACUUUCAUGUCAGUUUUCCAAAUGUUCAGGUUUGAAGUUCAUGUGAGAAUCACCGAUGAGACAGGCGAGCACAUCCAGCAUAUGAGCACAGCAGCAAAUUCUCCAGAAACCUUCCUGUUUUCCUCGGUGGUCAGUGGUUCGAAUCCCCUCUCUAAUUUCUGUGCUGACACCAGUGACCCAUUCACGGGAAAAUCUACUGCUGAGGCCUUGCUGUCCAGUCUGCGUGCUGACGAUCUGUGCUGCGGACUUGUGGACGACUUUGUGUCAGCAAGUAAAGAGGACGGCAUCUUUCUUGGACACCAAUCCACGUGGAAAAUGGGCUUCCCCGGCGACUGGAACAUCUUUGUAUCAAGCAGCGACAGCUGUAGUUCAAACAACACCUGCCAUAAAAGCAAAGAGAAGGUCUUCAAACAAGAUCUAUCUAAGGAGAAAGUUUCCCAACCGGACACUUCAGAGGAGGAGAGAAGUUUUCAUUGGAGCAGUGAGGAAGAACAGAACAUUGUCGAAUUUGAGAGUGAGGAAAGUAAGGCGCUUUGGGAGUCUUUGUCAAAGUCCAGUGAUCCAUACAACCCUUUCUUUUUCUCUGCCUGCAUUUCAACCAGCACAGACAUGGGAAAAAUUAAAGGUGAAAUGAGAGACAACAGUGAGGCUGACCUUAAGUCAGCGAGCAAGGCCAGCAAAGAGAUGUUGGGGUCUCCAGGGCUGAAUAUGUGGGUCUGUCGCUCCGACAGUGAGAGCAGCUGGGCCGGUUCAGAGGGCUCGGGCGCUGAUUUCGACAAGGAGGAAAAUGACAGGCUUUGGGAGUUCUUCAGCAGUCCUGAAGACCCCUACAAUCCCAUGUGCUUCACUGCUAGCACAGUGAGCUGCACAUCUCCCCAAACAACCUCUAAACAACAGGCCUCACUUCCUGCACCUCCCCCCAAGUUUGAUACAGACACAGAGGAGAAGGAGAGCAGCUUUCCUCCUUCAGAGGAUGACGAGGAAGAGCUAAUGUGGAAAUCUCUCUGUCAAAAGAAUGACCCAUACCACCCUCUAAACUUCAAGGCAGGCCUUCAGAGUUCAACAACAACAUUCCAACAUGACAAGGACCAAACUCUCCCUGAUGUCCACCACACCAAAAAUACUCCCACAAAAACCAAGAAGCAAACAAAAGCAUUCAGAAAACCCAGAGAGGUCAAGCCUGCUCUGCCAGAGAGGCAGUUAAAGAAGCACUGCCAUCCAGACAAAACACUGGCACCCUGGAAAAGGCCGAAGCAGUCACCUCAGACUCCACCAGAGAAGAAGGAAAACAAGGCCAGCACCACACAGAAAAAGGUGCAGUUUUCUCCUCUAGUCCAAGUCCAUGUCAUGCACACCUGGCCGUUUGCUCGCCAAGCUUCUCGUAAAGGACACUGGGAAGAAAUGGCGCGAGACCGUGACCGCUUCCGAAGGCGAAUAUUGGAGCUAGAGAAGGUCAUCGGUCACUGUUUCUCCCACUCCCACAGAGAAAAGAUCCGGGCCUACCUGGACGGUGCCUUGAAAAACCCAGAAGGUCCUGUACACUGAAUGUUUUAUUUCCUUUUUUGGAUGAGAACUUGGGAUUAGUUGCAAUGCAACAGUGAUUUUUGAUUUGGCCCAAUUAGAAAUUUGAUGUUAGGCCAUUUUUAAAUGUUUGGUGUGAAGUUGAACAACCUUGUACCUCAAAAAGGUUUUUUAUAUGUGUUCCUGUUGCACUGACUGACACUUUCUUAUAUUAACCUCAGCAUUAAUGUGUGGAAUGUUGUUUUUGUAUGCCUUAUAUACUGACCUAGUAAUGUAACUUAUUUAUGCCCUAUGGAGCUUGUCUUUUUUUUUUUUUUUUACCAUUGGUUUUCAAUGUUUUUACUUGUGUGAAGAAAUCACAGUAGUGUGAGUUUAGAAGUACUGAAUGUUAUCAUAAGAAAGCAGAGCUUUACAGUACAAAGUGUUUUGGGAUGUUCAGUUUAAGCAUGAUAGAAACAUCAAGUUCUGGUGCAGUUCUUGUGUCCCUGUUUUUCACUUUUAUAUGUAUGUGUUUAUUAUUAUUUAUUUAUUUAUUUUAAAUAAUGCAUUUAUUGGCAGCCUUUGGAUGUUCAGUGUGAAAAAAGGCAGUUUUGAAAUGUGCCACAACACCUUGUCUGAAGUAACUCUCAGCUUCUCAUGGUAUCAUGUAGCCAAAAGAUUUGUUAGUAGCUCUGUGAUUAUAGGUGCUCUGUUGAAUUAAUAAAAAAUGUGUGACUCUA